UGCCAGCUAUGAAGGUGCCUUUGGAAUUGGCGUCAUUCAAAAAUGGAGAUGCAUGGACGGAUGCACAAUUGACGCGCAUGACUGUCAUAGAACGAGCAACGAGUAGUUCCAUUGUGUAGGAUACAUUCAACUUGUAUCUCUGUAGAAAUUCUAGUGUAUGUUUUGGUUUUCUGUUUCUUUAUAAAAGGGGCCGACGCGCUUUUUGCUCUUUGGAAAGAGCUUACUUCUUUCUCAAUUACAUUCGUUUCCCUUAACCAGAGCCUCCGUAGCCGUCACCGGCGUCAAUUCAGUUUGUGGAAAUGCAGACCCUGUCGAUGACUCAUCAUAAAUCGCUCGGCGACAUCCUCCGCUCCCCUCUCCGUCACAUGAAGUGGUACAAGUCGAAGCAUCAUCAUCCUCACCAUAAGUCGCCCAAGCGUGACGAGACAGUGGUCGGUCCACAAACGUAUAAUGUCGGUGAAAAGGACGUGGUUGCUCAUUUUAUGAUGGGCCUUACGUAUACGUAUUCCCAAUCCGACUUUGAAACAGACAUCACCAACGCUGUUGCAGCCGGUGUGGAUGGAUUUGCACUGAAUAUCGGCAAUGACUACUGGAUGAUGAGUAAGCUUGAGCUGGUUUAUGCGGCCGCUGAUGCACUGAGCUUGGAUUUCUACUUGUUCAUAUCUCUUGACAUGGCCGUUAUGGCCGACGUGUCUGCAGACACGAUUGUAAGCUAUAUCACGACGUUUGCCAGCCGUACGCACCAAGCAACAAUUAAUAAUUGUGUUUUGGUUGGUACAUUUGCAGGUGAGACGCUCAUGCUAGGGGGUACGUCGGUGAAUGAGGGUUGGCAAACGAACUUUAAGGACGCGCUGGCUUCUAAGGGUGUAAAUGCCUUUUUUAUGCCUAGCUGGUCCUUGGAUGCGAACACAAUUUACCAGAACUACCCCGUUGCCGAUGGCUUCAUGAAGUGGAAUGCUUGGCCUUACUUCACCAGUACGCCGCUGUCGGUAGCAGAAGACCAGAUCUACUUGAAGAAUGCCCGGAGUGUCGGCAAGAAGUAUAUGGCGACAAUAAGCCCGCUGUUCUUUACACACUUUACCUCUAAAAACUACACAUUCUUCAGUGAGGGGUUGUGGUAUCAGCGUUGGAUGGACCUUAUUACUUUGCAACCCGAUUACAUCGAGGUGCUUACGUGGAACGACUAUGGCGAGAGCCAUUACGUUGGUCCAACAAACUACAGCGCUGACUUUCCGGUAGACGGACAAACCUCACACGCAUGGGUCGAUGCCUUCUCGCACACGGCCAUUGGUCGUACGCUCCCAUACUUCAUCAGCAUGUACAAGAACAACACGACCGGCCUCCCUCCAGACUACGACGGAGCCCGUAGAUUGUUCUUCAUGCACCGGAUCCACUCAAUUUCGGCGACUGCAACCAGUGAUCCAAUUGGCAAGCCUCAGAAUGUCGAAAACUUGCAGGACUUGAUUACGCUCAUUUCUUUCUCGCCAGUUGGAUACAAUGUCCGUGUUUCAAUCGGCGCCACCGUUCUUGGCACAGUGUGGAUGCCGGCAGGCGUGUCCAGCGGCAGUGUCAGCUUCUCCAACAAAGGAGUCGCUGUUGCCGGUCUUCCUCGCUAUGAAAUCCUGAAUGAUACAACAGUUGUUGCGGUUGGUUACAGUCCGCUGGCUAUUCUCGACAACUCUGCCGUUGUGCAGUAUAACUUUAACUUUUGUUCUGGCGAACUUGUAUGGUAAGCUAGACUAAAGAUCUCAGGAGGGCCUGCAUACCAGUGGUACGGCAGCAUAUCUGUUUGUCGACAAAACUUAAUUUCCCGUCUCGACUCAUUCAUGUUGAGCUUUUACUCUUCGACUUGGAGUUUCAUGAAUUGAAUGUCAUUCUCAUUCGACAACGUUUGCUUCAGAGGUGGAAGGACUGG